AUGCCCGGCCAACCAGCCGUGAAUGCCGCGGACCCCGUGUUGGAUGCGAUCGCGGUGAUCGGAAUAGGAUGUCGCUUUUCAGGCGGCGCGAGCUCGGUGGAGGAUUUCUGGCAGAUGCUCUGCGACGGCCGGACGGGACAUGGAAAGAUUCCCUCGAGCCGAUAUGAAGCUUCCGCGUGGCACCACCCUAGCCAUGAUCGCAAAGGCGCGAUCAACCAUGACAGUGGAUUCUUCCUGAAGGAGGAUCCAUCGUGCUUUGAUGCGCCUUUCUUUUCAAUUACCGCCAAGGAGGCGGCCGGAAUGGACCCGGCACAGCGCUUAUUGCUGGAGGUCGCCUACGAAACCUUUGAGAAUGGUGGAAUACCAAUUGACACACUUCCCGGAAGUAACACCGCAGUGUACUCCGGUUCCAUGACUAAUGAUUAUGAGUUGCUCUCGACGAGAGAUAUUUAUGACAUGCCUCACAACUCCGCGACCGGAAAUGGAAGGACUAUGCUGGCUAAUCGCUUAUCAUGGUUCUUUGAUCUUCAAGGUCCGAGUAUUAUGAUGGACACGGCCUGUUCUUCGAGUUUGACUGCCGUCCAUCUGGCGGCUCAAGCGUUACGUUCUGGUGAAUGUGGAAUGGCCUUGGUGACGGGGGCGAGUCUCAUUUUGCACCCCAACUUUACACAGAGACUGUCCUACAUGCACAUGAUGAGCCCAGACGGUAUUAGCCACUCGUUUGAUGAGUCGGCAAAUGGAUAUGGGCGAGGAGAAGGCAUUGGUGCAGUGCUGCUGAAGCCCGUUUCGGCCGCGUUGGCUGAUGGAGAUCACAUCCGAGCGAUCAUCCGCGGCACAGGAAUCAAUCAGGAUGGACGGACUCCUGGAAUUACCUUGCCGAGCCCAACAGCGCAGGCCAACCUGAUCCGCUCCACCUACGAGCGACAUGGUCUUUCAAUGAGAGACACUGCUUAUUUUGAAGCCCAUGGAACGGGUACCCCAGUCGGGGAUCCCAUAGAGCUGUCUGCGGUCGGAAUGACCCUAGGCCAAGCACGAACAUCGACGGAUGAGCCGAUUUACGUGGGUUCUGUGAAGACCAACCUCGGUCAUACCGAAGGAGCCGCUGGCGUGGCUAGUUUGAUCAAAGUCGUGCUCUGUUUAGAGAAAGGUAUCCUGGUUCCAAAUGCCGGGUUCAAAAACAUCAACCCGAAGAUCCGACUUGAUGAUUGGCGUAUUCGACUGAGCAAUGAAACGAUACCCUGGCCAGAACAUCUUCCCCAAAGAGCUAGUAUCAACUCAUUUGGAUUUGGUGGAUCGAACGCGCAUAUUAUUGUUGAAAGCACUAAGAACGCUUUCCGGGUCCCCGAGGAGGAUAAAGAGGCGGCCCCUCAUGUGGUGGUGUUCUCGACAUUCGAUCAAGCUGGCAUUGAUCGCCUUGGCCAAAAUUGGAGCGACUUCAUUCAACGCCAGCAGCAGGCCGAACGCGAGGUAUCAUUAAAAGAUCUUGCACAUACAAUGCUGACUCGGCGGUCGCAUUUGGGCUUCCGCAGCUUUGCCGUCGCCAACUCACUUGACCAACUACAGACUGCCUUGGCGAAGGGACUUCCCAAGUUUUCUCGAGCCAGUCGCAAAGCGCAGACAAGGCUGGCAUUUAUUUUCACCGGACAGGGUGGCCAGUGGGCCGGAAUGGGCAAGGAGCUUCUAAAAGUUGCCACUUUCCAGGAAAGCAUGGCGCGAUCACAAGAGAUCCUCUCAUCGCUAGGAUGUCCCUUUGAUAUGCUUCAGGAACUGCAAGCCGAGGCAAAGGACAGUCACAUCAACCGACCCGAUCGCAGCCAGCCUAUUACUUGUGCGCUUCAGAUUGCUCUGGUUGAUCUUUUGGCCAGCUGGUCCGUUUACCCCAACGCGGUCGCUGGUCAUUCUAGUGGUGAAAUUGCCGCUGCAUAUGCUGCUGGAUAUCUGUCUCACGCAGAUGCCUUGCGAGUUGCAUGGUUCCGCGGCUUUUUCUCUCAGCAGAUUUCGGAGAGCGACAGAAGAGGUGGCAUGCUCGCUACGGGAAUCUCAUCAGAGGACGCGCAGAAGUAUCUAGAUGAACUACCACCCCGGUCAGUUGUUGUUGCCUGUGUGAACAGUCCUUCAAGCACAACUCUUUCGGGUGAUGUGGAUUUGAUCGACCAGCUUGAGAAGAAGCUACAGCAAGAUGGUCACUUUGCGCGCAAGCUGCGCAUUGACACUGCGUACCAUUCUCCCCAUAUGGAAGAACUGGUUGAGGUUGUGGGGAACGCCAUCGAUUGCAUCAAGCCGGAAGAUAGACAUAGUGGAUCGAUCCCUAUGUUGUCUUCCGUCACCAAGGAACGUGUCCAUUCUGCGGAGCUUGGUGGACCCUACUGGGUACGAAACAUGGUCAGCCCGGUCGAAUUCACGGCCGCAGUCUCACAGCUCGCAAAUUUGAGCGAAUCUAGCAAGACCCGCCGACGGCCGGUUCCUAUUAAAUGGACUACCUUGUUCGAGAUCGGCCCUCAUUCCGUUUUGAAGGGACCAGUCACGCAAAUUCUACAGAAAGUUAACUCCAGCAUGACGACAAUUCCCUACCAUACGUUGGUGGCACGAAACAAAAACGCUUUGCAAACAUCACUGGAGGUUGCUGGAGCUCUCUGGAGCACAGGGCAUGCAAUCGAUCUUGCGGCAGUCAACAAUAGUGUCGACUCUGCUACUCCCAUGAUGGUUGCUGAUUUGCCUUCCUAUCCAUGGAACCACCAGACGUCUUUUUGGCACGAACCCUUGGAGACAGCCCAGUUGAGACAGCGCAAGCAUCCGCGUCAUGAUAUUCUGGGAGCUCCACUGGACUAUCAGAACGCCCUCGAGCCGCGCUGGAGGAACUUCUUGCGACUGUCGGAAAAUCCAUGGAUGGCUGAUCAUAUUGUGGCCGGGUCUAUUGUUUUCCCCGCAGCCGGUAUGAUGGUCAUGGCUAUCGAGGCCGCACGGCAGCUUGCAGAUGGGCAGGGCAAAAUGAAGGGCAUAGAGUUCCAAGAUGUUCACUUCAUGCGAGGAGUGGUUGUUCCCGACGAAGAACGCGGCCUAGAAACCGUUCUUCAAGUCUCGCCCCAUCCAGGCAUGGCCGGUUGGUAUGACUUUGGAAUCUUCUCUCUUCCAUCUGGAGGUGGUUGGAUCCAACAUGCGAAGGGUACAUUUGCCCCCCGGUUUGAGAACCGAGAAGACAACGAGAAUGCGGCAAACUGGGAAGCAACCCUGGCGCACAUCAAAGAUACGCAGUCCGUCGCGCAAAAGGCCGAUAUUGACCAAGCGUACCAAUGGCUGUCCCACACCGGAGGACUCACCGUAGGCCCAUGUUUCAGGACCAUUACGGGUGUUUCCUUCUGCGAGUCAGAGCCUCGCAUCUGGCUCUCGGGAGUUGUCACAGACACGAAGCAAGGAAUGCCCUAUGAGAAGGAGACCCCCAGCUUCAUUCAUCCCACAACUCUCGAUUGCCUCUUCCAGUCUGCUCUGCUGUCAUGCUCAGAGGCUCUCUUGAGCAGCAACGCUAAUAUUCCCAUUGGCGUGGAUCAUGUUUACAUCUCUGAUUGUUUCCAACCUCAACCCGGCGAGCCAUUCCUCGUCCACACGGAGAGUCAGUGGCGAGACGGCAAGUCACGAUCACAGUGCAUUGCGUCGGACCCAUCCCUGUCACAGCCAUGGAUCACCUUCGAAGGAGUUCAUCUUGGCCGUCUGCCCUUCAAUCCAAACUCGCAAAAGCAAGAGGAAGCAGGCUCUCAAAGCCGAUACUCAUCUGUUGUGUGGGAUGAGCAUUUGGAAUCGCCGAUUAUUACUAGUCGACUCUGCCCCGAUGGGAAGAAAAGCACAGCUGUGGAAGUCAGUGAACUACAGUUGACCGAUUGGGUCGAGCGUCUCUGCCAUACCAACGGUGAUGGAAGUGCGCUCGUCGCUAUUUCCGACACAACGAAUUCUUGGAUUCGAGAUCUCGCAAAGCUUACCCCCGGCGCUGGAAGGCGACCUUGCCUGGGCAAGGUCACCACGGUCUUGAGUGGCCUGAUGACUGAGACGAACGGUGAUGCAUCCCCCGAGAAUGAUGUUUUAGGGUCUCGCGUCGUGUCACUUGCUACCCUGGACGACCUUCCCUCUGCUUCACUUUCAGACCAGACAUUUGACGUGGUUAUUCUCGAUGACCUCCGUGUAUGGCAAGAUAAAACCUCUCAAUCUCUUCUCCCCUUCCUGAGCAAUAUUCUUGACCGCGGAGGCUUUUCCGCAUUGCGCGUGUCAGACGCAACCAUAACUCCUGCUGCAGCGAUUCUUCAGUCCGUUGAUGGCUUGGACAUCCACAGCCUGACAGCAGAUCGCAACUUCAUCAUUGCACGCAAGAAGCCAGCCUCUUGGACCACGGAUUCCGAGAUCUAUGUUUUGACUCCACAUGCUCAGUCAAACUCCCCGUCCGUGUUCGCCCAUCUUGAAAAGGUGUUCGCCACUCAUAACGUUCGCGUCGUGCCCAUUGGACUGGACCAGGUAUCGGAGCAGGCCGGGAAAACAGUGGUCUCGUUGCUCGAUUUGGCCGGCCCUUGGGUAACCAGCUGGUCAGCAAAUGACCUGCAAAAGCUCCAAGAGCUCAUUCGAGCCCAAUAUGUUCUCUGGGUCUCGCCUUUCUGGAGCCAAGGAGCUGUUGAGAACGCUGGGCACGGCGCUACAGCCGGUCUUCUGCGAACCCUGCGAAACGAACAUUGGAAUACUACCAUUCCCCAGCUUCUUGUGGAUGUUGACGACUUGCAGGACGAAUUUGGUCUGGCUUGUGGAAUCCUGCAGGUCAUGCAACUCACCAUGCAGGAGAGCUCACGCCGCGCUGAUCUCGAAUAUCGUCUGACAAAGAGCCGGCUGUUGGUCCCCCGAGUCCUUGAGACUUCGGCUAUGGAUGAGGCCAUGCACACCCUAUUGAAGGGGCCUAGACCCGUUCUUGAGGACCUGAGUCUUCAUUCCAGGCCCCUUGAACUGAAACUCCAGGACGGAAAGGACGCGCACUGGGUGGAGCAACAAGUUCCCGAAGAACAGAUCCGACCCGAUCAGGUCGAGCUUAAGGUUGAGAUGGCCACGGUCUUUGACUCGAACGGGGACGUGAGCAAGUCCCCCGAAACAGCUCUUCCCCUAUUUGAAAUUGUUGGAAGAGUCAAUCAAGUCGGAUCGGGGGUACACGACUUGGCCGUUGGCGACAAAGUGCUGACUUUGACCUCCGCUGAAUCGGGCCUUUCCACGACAUUACGGGUACCUGAGAGUGAUACCAUCAAAAUGCCUGCCGAUGCCGAUUCGGCCCAGGCUAUAUCAGCCCCGCUCGCGUAUCUGAACGCGCAUCAUGUCCUCACAGAGGUUGGUCGCCUAGACUCGGGCUCCUCUGUCCUUCUAGUCGGAUCAAUCAGCCAGACUCUUCGGUCAAUGAUUGACUUUGCUCUGAGCUUGAAUAUGCUGGUCAUUGUGGCUACAGAUUGCCAAAACACUACAGAUAUCCUUAGCUCUCGCUACCCAGACUUGAAGGAUCGAAUUCUGGGCAUCCACGGUAGCCUAGAGACGAGCGUAUCUAGGCUGACCAAUGGAUGCGGAGUUGAUGCCACGAUCUCUUUCUUGGGCGGAUAUCCCGGGCGGGUUGCUGCAAGAUGUCUAGUUGCAGGAGGACAGUACAUCAAUCUGUCAAACGAGAUGAAACUCAGUGCACUCCCGGAGAGUUUCAUCGACAGCGGUAGCACGUUCUCCUCGCCGCGUCUGCGAAGAACAUUCUCAGAGAAGCCUGGUAGCCUCCAUGCUUCCAUUCGCCAUGUGAUAAACUUCAUGAAAGACCAUCAAAUGUUGGAGCGCGUGGAAGCGUAUCCCCUCUUCCCUGUGUCUGACAUUCAGAAGGCCUUCCAAACUUCCAAAGAGACCACUGGCAGAGUGAUCGUUGAUCUUCAGGCUCCGGGUCAGGUCCUGAUUGUGCCGCCAAUGCCAGAGCUUACAGGACUACCAGCGGAGAAGACCUAUAUCCUGGCCGGUGGACUAGGCAAUCUCGGCCUUGCGUUCGCCGAGACAUUGGUUGAGUCUGGAGCUCGCCAUUUGGUGUUCCUUGGGCGCUCUGGCGUUGCUCAGCAAGAACAGCAAAUUGCCCUUGAUCUUCUUCGCGGUCGAGGAUGUGGCAUAGAUGUUGUACGAUGCGAUAUUUCCAAAAUGGAAGACAUCGACCAUCUUUCGUCCGAAAUUCGCAACCGAAACUGGGAGGUUGCCGGUGUAAUUCAAUGCACAACCGUUCUAAAGGAUGCCAUGUUCGAGAAUAUGACCUUCGAGGAGUGGACCCAAUCAACCGAUUCCAAGAUUCAGGGAACAUUGAACUUGCAUCGACUGUGCUCAGAAAAGGAAGGGUUGUCCUUCUUCGUGGCAUUAUCCUCCGUGGCAAGUGUCAUUGGUAAUAUGGGCCAGGCUAACUAUUCUGCUGGCAACGGCUUCAUCGAUGCCCUUAUGGAAUGGCGACGGAACCAUGGUCUUGUGGGCCAUUCUAUCAAUAUCGGACUCGUUCCCGAUGCUAGUGGACUCAGUGACAUUGCCGAAGACGAGGAGCAACGACGCCGCCGAUACAAACAUCUCGAAGGCACAGAAAUCAUGACCCAUGAGCUUCAGACCCUUCUUCGGGUCAUAAUUAACAGCAAGCUCUCUCUGCCGCCUCAGAUCAUCGCCGGUAUGACCGACUCUCUGUCCCGCAAGAAUGCCCCAUCCGCAUGGCUUUUCGAUCGGAAAUUUGAUCACCGGCUUUGCCUUGCGGUCGACGACAGCGAUUCAUCUAUUAUAUCCACCAGCGCAUUGCUCAAGGAGGCUGAGUCCACGGAUGCAGCGGCUCAGAUUGUUCUCGACGCACUAAGUGAAUAUCUGGCCAACGCAAUGGCUACUACAGCCGACUCUAUCGACGCCGAUUUGCCCUUAUCAGCCUUGGGUGUUGAUUCCCUGAAAGCCACUGACGUCCAGAAUUGGGUGUCGCGCGAAUUGGGGGCGGAGCUAUCCUCGUUCGAAUUCCUAGGCUCCCAACCGACCAAGACACUCGCCAAGAAAAUUGCUUCGGCUAGCUCCUACGUCUCAGUGUCAAGCUAA